GGGUGGGUGGGCAGGAAGGAGCAACUGCCCCCUCACAAUAAAUAAUAAAUAACUUAACUGAGGUUCUCUCCCCUCCCCAACAUAAAGCCUGCCCCCCACCCAAACAAAAACCCUGGCUACGCCCAUGAAAAGGGCACCAUUUUGCUUUGCCUAAAAAUGAGCCCCGCCCCCCUCGGGGUCUUGCAAGUGGGUUUAAGGGUUGCAAGUUGAGGAGCCCCGUCCACGCAAGACUUGGGAGUGAACCCAUUGAAGUCAGUGAACCUGCUCUCUCUGUAAAGCAACGAGUAGAAACAAGAAUUGCAACUUGGAGAGACCUGGUCUGAAAAGAGACAUUGGAUUCUUGUCUCAUACAGUACUGCACGUACAUGAUAGCCAUCUCACUCCUUGCUUUUUCCUGUAAGACCAAUUGCAGUCGUCAAGUCAACAGGUUUACCACACCUAUCAGCCAAUCACCCAUUCCUACCACCCUUCUGAGUAAUAUCCCUCCCACUAUACAUAAGGGUCUGGUGACUUCAUUUUCAGUGGAGCUGAAGAAGUGCAUGCACACGAAAGCUCAUACCAAUGACAAACUUAGUUGGUUUCUAAGGUGCUACUGGAAGGAAUUUUUUUAUUUUGUUUCGCCUACGGCAGACCAACACAUCUACUAUCUGUAAUCAGCGAACCGGUUCGAGGCUGUGACUUUGACUCCGCAGGUGGAGAGGAGCCUCUGCAAAAUGGCAAGUGAGCCCGAUACCACUGAAGUGAGAAAGCCGCACAGAUUUGACCAGGGAGCCUUGGAGAGAUACCUGUGCCGGCACCUGCCGGGCUUCCCGCAGCACCCACCCGAAGCGCUGAGGGUCAGGCAGUACAGCUCAGGACAGUCAAACCCAACUUUUUAUUUGGAAAAAGGCCUCAAGACCUACGUACUGAGGAAGAAGCCUCAUGGCUCACUCCUACCUCAAGCUCAUAAGGUCGACAGAGAAUAUCAGGUUCAGAAAGCCUUGUUUGCCGUUGGAUUUCCAGUUCCCGAGCCUCUCUUAUACUGUAGCGAUGCUUCUGUGAUUGGGACGGAGUUUUAUGUGAUGCAACAUGUACAGGGUCGCAUCUUCCGGAACGCUGCAUUACCUGACGUAAGUCCAGUGGAAAGAUCUGCUUUAUACAUAGCUGUAAUAGAAACUCUGGCCAAACUACACUCAUUCAAUGUGAAUUCACUGGGACUCCAAGGCUAUGGAAGAGGACCAGGUUACUGUAAGAGGCAGGUAUCAACUUGGAGAAGACAGUAUCAAGCAGCUGCUCAUACAGACAUCCCAGCUAUGGAUGAAUUAGCUGAAUGGUUAACCAGCAACCUGCCUGCUGGCGAUACCGAAGAAAAGUUGGUCCAUGGAGAUUUUCGAUUAGACAACAUCAUAUUUCAUCCAACAGAGGCCCGUGUUGUGGCAGUGCUGGACUGGGAACUUUCGACUAUAGGGCAUCCUCUGGCAGACUUUGCUUACACUGUUUCUCCCUGGUUUUGGCCCAGAUCCCUCAAACAUUUGCAAAUGGAUAAUUUCUGGUAUAUUAAAAAUAUUGCAGGAAUUCCUUCGGCUGAAGAAAUGAUCGCGACAUACUGUCGCUGCAGAGGUAUUAGUGCUGCUGCGCCCAAUCUGAAUUUCUUCCUUGCGCUCUCAUAUUUUAAAGUGGCUUCAAUAAUGCAGGGCGUCUAUGCCAGAUACCUUCAGGGAAAUUCCGUUGCAGAAAACAGCCACAAGUUUUGCAGUAUGGUACAACCUUUGGCAGAAACUGGAUUACUGGUAUCAAAAAAAACAUCUUUUACCACUGAGAGUCAGUCCUGUAACACAGGAGAAUUAUUCCACCAGUCUAAAGAGGGCAAAGAAGUACUUGAAAAGGUGCAGGAUUUCAUGAAGAAAUAUGUUUUUCCAGCUGAAAAGGAAAUGGCGGAGUAUUACGCCAGAAAUAAAAAUUCGCCAGACAUCUGGAAAAAGCCUCCAGUGAUUGAGAGACUGAAGGAAAGGGCCAAGGCAGAGGGUCUCUGGAACCUUUUCCUGCCAGGGGUUAGUGGUCUUGGCCAGCUGGACUAUGCCUUAAUUGCAGAAGAGACUGGGAAGUGCUUCUUCGCGCCCAACGUGUUCAACUGCCAUGCCCCAGACACAGGAAACAUGGAGGUCUUGCACAUGUAUGGGACCCAAGAACAAAAGAAACAAUGGCUGGAGCCUCUCCUAGAAGGGAAAAUAAGUUCUUGCUUCUGCAUGACAGAACCUGGCGUCGCUUCGAGUGAUGCCACCAAUAUGGAAUGCAGCAUCGAGAGAGAGGGAGGCAGUUAUGUGAUCAAUGGGCAAAAGUGGUGGAGCAGUGGAGCUGGAAAUCCAGACUGCAAGUUUGCUAUUGUGAUGGCCAGAGAUAAAAACACAUCUGCAUCCAGAUAUAAACAGCACAGUAUGAUCAUUGUGCCAAUGGAUACACCUGGUGUCAAACUUAUAAGGCCUCUUUCAGUCUUUGGAUACUGGGAUUAUUUCCAUGGCGGACAUUUUGAGGUGCAUUUUAACAACGUCCGGGUACCUGCCUCUCAUUUAAUCCUUGGAGAAGGAAGAGGAUUUGAAAUAGCGCAAGGAAGGCUUGGGCCAGGCCGCAUACACCAUUGUAUGCGGUCCAUAGGGGCAGCUGAAACUGCUCUGCAGAUCCUGUGCAAGCGUUCAGCCCAGAGGGUGGCAUUUGGGAAGAAGCUCUACCAUCACGAAGUUGUCGCUCACUGGAUUGCUGAAUGCCGCAUUGCUAUCGAACAGGCAAGGCUGCUUACGUUGAAAGCAGCCAGCAAAAUAGAUGCCAUGGGCAACAAAGAAGCCAGAAAAGAGGUUGCGAUGAUCAAAGUGGUGGCCCCCCGAGCUGUGCUUAAAGUGAUUGACUGCGCCAUUCAAGUUUGUGGAGGCGCCGGAGUCUCCCAAGACUUCCCAUUGGCUGAAAUGUUUGCCUACAUCCGGACGUUACGCAUAGCAGACGGGCCUGAUGAAGUUCACCUCUCAGUAAUUGCAAGACAAGAGCUGCAGGACCAAGCCAAACACCUGAGUGCACAUCUGUAAUAUUUUGCUUGCUUAAAGUCGUGAUGGUACCGCAAUCAUUUAAAGCCAUUCUCUUUCUUUAAAUUAGGCUGAAAAUUUAUGGGGCAGGGGACUGUAGAUUUGACACUGUUCUUAAUUAUGGGUAUGUCUUAAGUAAACUCACUCUUACUAAUUCUACUAGCAAUUCCUUUACUGAUCUUUCACGUGAGGAAUAGUGUUCUUGCAGACAAAAUGGCUUCACUCAGAACGGAGGAGAAAUCAAACUUUUUGCUUAUGUGUUGGGACCAUCUAAACCCAAGGGUCUAGAAUAGGCCUGCCAUCAGAAUUUUAAGACAUUAUAUGAAACCCACCAACUGCAGGGAAAGGUAAGAUACCUACUCAAUUGCACAUUGGGUUUUGCCUAAAGCUCCUUCUGGUUUUUUAAAAGCAGGGGUGGGACAUUUAUUCAGCCCCAAGAGAUGCAUUCCCAGCAGUGUUUCUCAAACUUCAGUCCCCAGCUGCUGUUCGACUAAAACUCCCAUCAUCCCUAGUUAGCAGGACCAGUGGUCAGGGAUGAUGGGAAUUGUAGUCUUGUGGGCCAUCAAAUAUUCAGGUUUCUGUUGGUAUUGAUUGGUUCUCUUGCCCUCAAAAUAUAUUUCAGGCAUCUCAUCCCAGACUCAUUUUCUUUCCAGCUUUACAAAGGAAUAGAACAGCAGAAGUACAAGUCUGUCACAUUAACAAGGCGUUCAGUUCCCUUUAUUUUUUAAAAUUUUAUGUACAUACGAAUGAUCUGUAUAAUGUACAUUCAAUAUAGAAAGUUUUAUAUACUGGAUAAUGUAUAGAACAUAUCACAAUUACACUAUGCUUUUCAUAUAUAACAUGUUAACGUCAUUUUUAAAUAGGUUUUUUUUUUUGCUGCAUUUUAAUUUUUCAAUUUGGUAAAGCCAGUUAUACAUACAAAUAUCUUGUUAGGUCUGGUGAAGGAAAUGUUAAUGAUUGAGGAGAGAGGCAAAACACCAAGUCUGUCAAGUUUUGGGAGGAUUUAUCUUGUCCAACUUGGAGGAGAGUAAGAGGAUCAAGUGAUUUAGCCCAAUUUCUUCCGAGACUGCAGUUCAACUUCAGUCAUGCUUAGCUCAUAAAAUACAAAAAACUAGGAAAAAGUGUUUCGAUUCACAGUCUUGUAAACAAAAAUAUAAAGGAACAAAAAAUGUGCUUACGUACAGCAAGAAACAAAAACUUCUUGCGUACCCCUUUAGGCUGAUCCCCAAAGUACUUUCUUCUUAUGUUACAGUGUGAUAGAAUUGUGGAAACUUUUCUU